AUGGAGAAAAUGAUAUCCCAAUUCAUAGAACAGGUGGAAAUUCUGAUGCAAAUCCAACGAAUCAAAAUCACCCGAUCGGAAUGUUCCAGUCAAAAAUACAUUUGGUUGUGUAACAAAAAAGUUCCAUCGGAGAUUCUCUCUUUUAAAAAUGAAUACAAAAUUCGACAAGCCCUUUUGAAAAUAAACGGGGAAGAACAAAUCAAAAUGUUGAGAAAAUUGACGAAAUGGCUUGGAGAAAAUCCCGACGUCGACGUCGCGACGGUGCCCGAAACGACGCUCAAUCUAAUCGAAAGAGCCUCUUUCGAGAGCCUUUUGAGAGAAACGAAUUUGCGCAGGACGAACAGCUUCAGAAGAAGCCUGAGAAGGUUCUCACGAAGGAUUUCCCUAAUUGGGAAUCCCACCAGAUCGGUGUCCUUUAAGGAGCAACCGGUGGUUUACAGAUUUUCAAAUUGA